GACAGAGAGUCCAAUGUGGGGCUCAAUCCCAGGACCCCGGGAUCAUGACCUGAGCCCCAAAGGCAGACACUUAACUGACUGAGCCACCCAGGUGCUCCCAAACAUCUUUUCAAAAAUGAAAGAAACUGCCCUAUUGCCCUCCUAAGACGAGUACCCCUUCCCUAACCGCUGUUAUCCUGCAGUGGCUAGGGGACUCUGGGCAGUGGCUCUCUUCUCUCUGUGCCUCAGUUUCCCCCUCUGGAGUGGAGAGCCUGCCCUGUCUACCUCUCAGGAUUGUUAGAAGCUACAAGUGAGAGUAGAGGUGGGUGGAGGUGGCCUGUAAGCUGUGACCAAAAGGAAGAAGUUGCUGCCAGGAUGGGUGGCAGGAACAGGCCUUUCCCAGUGGUUUUGUAACCUCUGAAGGAGACUGCUUUCUCCUCAGAGCCCAGGAUGGACGUGUGGCCCACGAAGGUAAAGGGAGGGAGCGGCCACCCAUCAUCGGCUGACUUGGGUGCGUGUCUCUGCCUUAACUUCCUGGAGCCUCUAUAACAAAUAACCACAAACCAGGUGGCUUAAAACAACAGAAACGUAUUCUGUCAGUUCUGAAGCCUUGAAGUCUAAAAUCAAGGUUUUGGCAGGGUUGGUUCCUUCUGGAGGCUUUGCAGGAGCAUCUGUUCUCUCCCUCUCUCCCAGCUUCUGGUGGUUGCUGGCGAGCUUUGGUACCCUUGGCUUGUAGACGCAGCACCCCAGUCUCUGCCUCCAUCUGCGCAUGGUCCCCUCCUCGUAAGGACAUCCGUCUUUGGACUUACGGCCCACUCUACUUUCAGGAUGAUUUCAUCUCAAGACCUUUUAACUAGUUACACCUGCAAAGACCCAUGUUCCAGGCCAGCUCCCGCAGGGCCAGGGCGGCCCCGACCCGGAGGAUGAGCAAGUUCUUGAAGCACUUCACCGUUGUCGGGGACGACUACCACGCCUGGAACAUCAACUACAAGAAGUGGGAGAAUGAGGAGGACGAGGAGGACGAGGAGCAGACGCCACAGGCAACCGCCUCCGGGGAGCAGGGCAGAGCCCCCGACCCGACGGCGGCCCCCGACCCCGCACCCCGGCCCCCCCUCGACUUCAGGGCCACAUUGAGGAAGCUCUUCAGCUCGCACAGGUUUCAGGUUAUCAUCAUCUGCCUGGUCAUUCUGGAUGCCCUCCUGGUCCUUGCUGAGCUCAUUCUGGACCUGAAGAUCAUCGAGCUUGACAAGAAUGACUACGCUGCCAAGGUCUUCCACUACAUGAGCUUUGCCAUCCUGACCUUCUUUAUGAUGGAGAUAUUCUUUAAGUUAUUUGUCUUCCGCAUGGAGUUCUUUCACCACAAGUUUGAAAUCCUGGACGCCUUUGUGGUGCUGGUUUCCUUCAUCCUCGACUUCAUCCUCCUAUUCCAGAAGCACCAGUUUGAGGCUCUUGGCCUGCUGAUUCUGCUCCGGCUGUGGCGGGUGGCCCGGAUCAUCAACGGUAUGUCCCCUGUCCUCUCAGGCCACAGAGGGACAGCUGGCUGGGCGGAGCCUGGGACUGGGCCCAGAGGUCAUGGUUCCUCCUCUUCCUGGCUAGUGUUUUCUAGAGAAAAAAUGAAGUGGUCUGAUUCGGUGUCCCACCACUGCCUCUGUGGCUACAAAUUCAUACCAAGUUACAGAUCCUUUAAGAGGAACCACUUUUCUCCAUUAGGCCUCGUUUCCAUGAUUAUUAGAAGAUAUUUGUAGAAAGGGUCAGACUAAGCUUUGAUUAAGUUCCUCCAGCUUGAUUCUGAGAACACCUUUGUUUUUAAUUUGGUGUUUCCUGAAGAAUGUUCUACCGAAUCCCAUCCCCCUGAGAAGGGCACCAUCCAGAAGGGGAGAAGUAAGCCGAGAAAUGCUGGACACUAGAUUCUGCCCCUUCAAGGAAGUCAGAGCACUUGUGGGUAUGAGGAAGACUGAGAACGCCGAGUUCCCCAAAUUGACCAAGUGGGGAAGUAACACCUGUUAACCCGUUGUAGACUUUGGCUGUAGGGAACACUCUUGGGGAAAUGGUGGAGGUCCUGCUCCUCACACACACCCUCGUGGUGUGGGGAGGCUCCGUGUCUGAGAAGCCAUGUUUCUGCUGUUAACUGCUCAGCUCUUGGGGAACGAACCCUAGUCAGAGGUGCCCAAAUGCUGUGAACCCACCCCAUGAGAGUCACCUCCAGUGCUUCUGGAAGUCUGGUAUAGACCGUUCACAGGGUGUCUAUUUUUGAAGCGCUACCCAGUGAUUUGGGAGUCCCUAGAUGAGGGCCCAGCACGACAGGCUCAGUCAUCGCCAGGGAGCGAGUGAGGCAGGCCUGUCUGACACAGCACUCCUUCACUGGGCAGCACAGUGGGCCCUGUCCCAGCCUCGCCUGCUGGCAGGAGUGUCACAUCUCCACCACAGGGCUGGGUGAGGGGCUCUGCCCAUGGGCACCGGGGGCUCCCCCUGGCUUUAGAAGCCAGUGUGGAUCUACUCAUGAAAGCCCAUUAAGAAUAUUCAUUUGGGCUCUGUCAAGGGAAGUAAAGGAAGUUUUUCCACUUACUAUUGAAUAUGCUUAUGUUAAUUGAUUACUCAUUUAAUAGAAAAACGCUCUGUGCAAAGGUUAUAUAUCACGGAGGUAGAUAAACCAUUACGGUGAACGACUCAUGAACACAAUUACUACCCUUUACUCUCGUAUCACACCAUGGUGAGAUUUGCUUUUGCGGAUAAACCAAAUCCCUGAGAUUUGUUCAUUUCCUUGGUCUGGAUGGUGGCAGGCCACAGGACUGCCUAACGCCCGCUGUGGCACUGCCAUCACAUUUUGUGGCAGGACAUGAGAGGUCUAAAAAAGCAACACAGGGUUCAGUUGGACUCAGACAACCAAGAAUGCCAGCGACCAGGGGCCAGUGCUCCCGGGCCUCACACCCACCAAGUCCAGACGUGGUCGUUCUCCCUUGGAAGGCCCCGAGCAUCCCCAGUUGCUGCACAUUCUUUUGAGGCCACGUCCCCACUGUGACUUGGGCAUGUGGGAGCCAUCAGACAAGGCUGAUGUCCCCUCUGUUGGCCAAGCCUUAGCUGUUCACCUGACAGCUCAACUCAACUGGCUGUGCCUGUGGGAGGCGGAAAACCAAAAGUGGCAAUCUCCCGGCUCGGCAGCAGCGCUGUCGUGAACAAGCUCUGUGUGAGGGAGUUUCACACUCAUCUGGCCAAGUGACCAGUAAAAGAUUCCUUGGCCCAUGUGACGGGAGGGAAAUAUUUCCCGACUGGUUAGUGAGGAGCUCAGAAAUGAAAAAUCUGACCUUCCUGGUUCUAAUGCCUUUAAGCGACAGACCGUUUUGUCUGCCACCACUCUGCCGAACUGCUGUACACACUCAGAAGGAAGACGGAGGUUUCUUUUCAAGUGGUUAAAUCACAAACCUGUAUCACUGACACC